CCUUACUCCUCUGAAAUGGCUGUCACUCACUCACUGUCUUCCUUCAGUCCUUCUUUUUCCUUUAUUGUCCCCAAAUUACUCUUCUUUAAACCUGGAAAUCGCUUCCCUGUCGUUUCCUGCACUUCUCCGAAAACCACUGCUUCGCUAUCUACAGAACAGGAAGUUUUGAAAGCAGUGGUGGAAUCCGAUGGCAAUACGCUUCCGUGUGUCAGAACGUACGAGAACGACUUGGCUCGGCUCAGCCUUGUCGGUGCCGUUGGCUUCAACCAGGCUCUGACCGCCGCUGCGGCUGAUGGAGGUCAAGCUGCCUCCGAACAUGUCAUGUCCGGUUUGCCCGCUAUGGUCGUUGAAACCGUUUAUCCUGGCCCCACGAACGAGCGCGCCACGGUCUCCACCCGGCUGUUUUUGCCAGCUAGGAAAGUUGAAGAGAAAGCUAAGAGACUCAGAAAAUCUCUUUCUAAAGAUGUUCUGUAUGGCACCACUUCUAAGAACAUACUUGCCAUGACAUUUAGACAAGUAGUGAUGCAACAACUUUUGAAAUUUGAACUGGUUUUGUUCAGACCUGGCUCAGAAAGAGAUAUGGAGGAUCUUGAAAACCCGAGAAAGCAGGUUCCUGCAUCAUUCACCCUUACCUCUUCAGAUGAAUGGGUUAUCUCAAUACUUGCUGAAGUUGUUUGCAUUUCUGCUCUUCAGAGUACUGAAAGACAUUUCCUCAAUAAUUCAUUGGGUAAAACUUCAAGAAGUUUCUUUCCUAGGUUUUGGAAGCCCAAAAAGAUUAUAUCAAAAGAUUCUUCUAUUGUCAUAUAUAAAUUAUUUGAAGAUGAGAUAAUUGAAAACGCCAAGAGUCUGCUAGAAACUUUUAAUUCAACGAAGGAAAAUGUUAACCCUGUCAAAGUGAGGCCAAAGCACAAUUGGUGGUCAUCAUCAGCUUACUCUAAGUUGGAAAAGAUAGGUGGGCCUGAUUUUUGUGCUUGGACAAGUGAGUAUGUACCUGCUUACAAGCUUCAAAUAGAUGCUAGUAGAUUUAAGGAUGUAAAGUUUGAUGGUUGGAGAAAUUGUGCUGAGAAUAGGUGGGAAAUUCUUCUGACCCACUCCCAAAUGGCUGGGUUGGCCGACGUAUUAGACAUGUACUAUGAAGAUAUUUUCACACUGCCAAGUAAACAGCUGUCAUGUGAAGCAGUUGUGAAUUAUACUAACUUGUCCAGUAAAAAGGGAAACUAUUCUUUUUUGAAAAUUCUAUCUGUCACUCUUGCAAGUGGAAUUUUUCUUGUUGCCAUCAGUGCUCUUGGUCAAUUUUUUUUGCCUCAUUUAUACAAGGGAGACAAGUACCCGAGACAAAACAGGUUGCUACCUUCUUCUCAAACUGAGCCUGCUAUACACCAGCUUGCAGAUGCUGCGAAGUUGGAAGAAUUUUGCGUUUCAAUUGUCAAAAGGAUUAAGGAUGCUUUUGAUUGGCGUGGUGACAUAAUGACUGAAAAGAGUAUUGGUGCUUGGAUUGGGGAAAAGCCAAAUUACUUGAAAUUAACUCAUGAAGAUGAUUCCAGUAAUGGGGAGAAUUCAACUGAUUCUGCUCCUUCAGAGAAAAUGGAUGCAGACAUGAAAUCAUCUGUGCAGGAUAUUGCUAGUUAUCAGGUGGUUCUUUCAACUGAUGGAAAAAUAAUUGGGUUCCAACCAACAAGUCGAGUGGGUGUAAAUCAUUGGGCUGCCAAUCCCUUGGCACGGGAGCUGUAUGGUGGGAAAAAGCUUGCCCCUGGUUUCAUAGAACCCAACCUGAAGAUCCGGCUUCCAAAUGAGAUAGUUUUAAUUGAGCUAUUGAUGUCUGUCAAUUCAGAUUCAUGUUUUGCAUUGGCGAGGCCAAUUCAAAUUCCUGUUGAUGGUGAAUGACUGCAAUUAACUAUUUGUCAUGUUUUAUGAUGUUUGGAUAAAUCAUAAGUGAAUCUUUGUGCGAUCAUGUUCUGCAUUUGCUGCAAAGAUUCAGUGUUCCUUGAAGAUCAACUGAUAAGGCGAUGGAAUGACUGCCUUUACAUGUAGACAGAUAAAGGUACAUGGAUUUCCCCCCAAGAAGCUAUUUAACAAGUUAAUAUAAUGUGUGGAUAGUAAAAAAAUUUCACCUGGUGUAUAGAAACACUGAGGUGAGUUUUUCUAAGUUAGUGGGGAAUUUUGAUUUGUGUGGGCGGGAGUUGAUGUUGGAAAGAUAAUUAUGAUGUAUUGAUCAUUGUUAAUAUGAAUCGAGAUUCUUUCAUAUACAUACUAUUGUAAAUAUUCAUUUUUUUUUUACCCGUGAAUUUUCCAAAUCUAUAAAGCAAUUUUAU